AUGUACUUUGGUUCCACCUCAGUCAUGUGGAGCUCUCCGGGACUUGCGGCUCUCUUGGUCGCUUUGAUUUUGCCCAAAUGGGCCUGUUCUACGAAUAUGAAGAUGAAGGUGUAUUUAGAUCUCGAUACGCGAUUCAAGACUCAAUUAAGAGGCUACUCCGAGGACCUUCAGGAUCACAUUAGUGCCUUGAAUCGUUAUAUAGAUGAGCGAAAAUCUGAGCUAGCUUAUGUGGGAAAAGAUCCCGAAGUGUAUCUGGGCAAUCCUCUGAAUAGCUUCUCCUUACUUCAUCACUUGCACUUCGAUUGGCAGGCUUGGAGAAAGCUAAUGGAAAAGCCUUUGGCCACAGAGUAUGUAUCCGAGAUUCAGGACAUGUGGGCCGAGAUUCCAACGAAAGAUGAAUAUGCGAAUUCCAUUCAGAGCGCAAUGGAUUUUCACAAGGACGAAACCGCGGGAAAUUUUGCGUUUAGUCCUUUGGAGUCCCUGCAAUUCGCUCUGCAUGCCUACGACAGGAAAAACUACAAGGAUGCGGAGCACUGGCUAAAUGUUACCGUUGAUGGUCAUACAAAACUCAGUCUCCAGGAAAAGGAGCUUUACGAAGUUCUAAGCCCGGUUAGUGGGACUCAGUGUUUUAGUUAUGGUAAUGGAGCAGUAAUAAUCACAAAACCAUAUAUCAGCUACUUCAGCAAUAAUCAGUUGGCUGUGGUCAUGAAGUCCGUCUGUAUAUUUUCAGCUGCAGUAAUCGCAGUGUAUAUGUCUUAUUCAAGCGCUGACAAUCUGCAUUCCUUGUCAAUUUCCAAGGUGAUGAAUAUUUUAAAGAUUCAGGAGAAUGCAGUGCAAUAUUUAGACAACUAUAUAAACGCGUUGGAGACGAAGCUAGACAUAAUCAACGAAGCUCUUGUUGACUUGGCCACAUACCACAUUCAGUACGAACGAGACAAGUUGGCCAUUGUAUCUAGUCCAGUGGGCAGCUACUCAUUAAUACAUCACAUGCAAUCGGACUGGACGCACUGGCAGCUCUUCCUACAGGAAGAUCCAGGAAGAGAUGCACUGGCAGCCCUAAUUUCCAUCAAGCAGUACUGGCCUACCAAAAAAGAUAUCUCAGAAGUAUGCCAAUGCAUUUCCAACCUAUUGAGCGCCUAUCACAUGCGUCCGCAGGAUAUCGCAAAUGGCCUAAUGUUGGGCAUUCGCACAAACUACAAGAUGUCUCCCGGCGAUUGUGCUGUCUUGGCAAGUCACUGUUUGGCUUUGAAAGACUUUGACCAGUCCAAGGAGUGGCUUCAAGUGGCGCUGUCCAUGUUAGAUGGUACUAGUUAUCAGGAUCAAGUUCUCCAUGCUCCGAACUUGAAUGCCGCUGACUUGUACUUGCAGCUGGCAGAAGUCUAUGUGCAACAGCAAAACUGGCCUCUGGCGCUUGAAACAAUUGAGUUUGCUCUGAAGUCGCAUCCACGGAACGCACAGAUGGUCAGGUUGCAAAAGCACUUAAGCAUUCAUGUUCUGCUCGAUCCGCCCCAGAUCGCAGAAUCUAAUAAGGAAAGUAAUCAGUAUAGGCUUCGGAAAAACGGAAGUCUCUACUGCUUCUAUGAUAAGUUGAAAACUUUCUACUCCCUGCUCGCGCCGAGGAAAGCAGAGGUGAUCUUUAUUGAUCCACUGGUUACGCUCUACCACGAAUGAUGACAAUCAGCAGUAGCUAUCAUCUUGUUAAGAUAAAAGGAAAUACAAAUGCUUAU